UUGAUUUGUGUUUCGGGCGUUUCGCACAUGCUUGGCGAAGGUGGAGAUCUGAAUCGUCGGCAGCCAGGUAUCGUGCAUUCUGGUGACUUUGAUGUGCUUCUUAACUGAUUUGCGAUGACGCCGAGGCGCCUGCCACGCCGGUUCAUGGUUCCCGUGCGUUGGACUAGAGCAACGGUGCACGAACGAUGACCAUAGUAGCCGCCGCUGGCGAAGACGGCAACAAGUCCGGAUGGACUCUGCUCGCCCCCCAUUUUCCUGGUGACACCUCCGGCACGUCUUCCCGAGUAAAGUGCGAGGCAGCAAUGUCUCCUCUGCUGCGAUGUCGUCGCUCUUCUACGUCUUUCAAAGCCAAGGCCCUGCUGGCCUUUGCGCUGGUAAUCUGGUUGCUGAACCACGCCGGGAUCGUCGACUUCCUGCUGGAAACUCCUUACUCCAAGUUCACUUAUCCGCUCGAAGUGGACACACGCGAGUUGAUUAGAGUGCUCGACGAAGGCGGUCAGCCGCCCUACUCCGUGCUGAACCGGUAUGAACGUUAUCGCUUCAAGAUCCGCAACGAGUACAAAUGCCGAGAGAGCCGCGAGUCCAAGACACCCGCGCGGGUCAAGUUGCUGCUAGUCGUAAAAUCGGCACUGUCUCACCGGGACCGGCGGGAAGCCAUCCGCCACAGCUGGGGCUUCGAGAAGCGCUUCUCGGACGUGCCGAUUCGAUGCGUCUUCGUUCUCGGCGUGAACGCCGACGAUCCUGCGACGCAGGACGCUGUGGACUCCGAGUACGCCCUCCACGGCGACUUGGUUCAGGCGGACUUCGUGGACUCGUACUACAACAAUACCAUCAAGAUGAUGCAGGGCUUCCGAUGGGUCGUGGACUACUGUUCGAGUGCAGAGUUCGUGCUCUUCGUGGACGACGACUACUACGUGUCUGUUAAGAACCUGCUGAAGUUCGUCCGUAACCCUUGGGGCUUCUCGGCCGUGGCCCAGGAGGAUGACGAAGCACCCCAGCGAGUGUCGGCGCCCGACGGCCGCCUCUGGGCGGGCUAUGUCUUCGAGGGAUCAUGGCCUAUGCGACACCGCUGGAGCAAGUGGUACCUGUCCUUGUCCGAGUAUCCCUACUCGAGGUUCCCGCCCUACGUGACGGCAGGCGCUUUCGUGCUGUCGCAGCCGGCCCUGAAGGACCUGUACCGCGUCGCGCGGUACACGCGACAGUUCCGCUUCGAUGACAUCUUCCUGGGCAUUGUGGCGCUAAAGGCCCGGCUGAUGCCGCUCCACAGCGAUGCCUUCCGCUUCUGGGGCAAGCCCAGCGAUAGGGGAGACUUUGUGGGCCUCAUUGCGGCCCAUGGCUUUCAGGACCCGGCGGAGCUUGUCCGGGUGUGGGAGCAGCAAAGAGGGUACAAUCAGGCGUGACUGGUCGCUUGUAGCUGACCCGUUGGGGCAUCGCUGCAUAGUGGUAAUUUGCAGUAGAGGUCGGCUUUAAACUAUAUUUCACCUUACGUCGGACGGCAGCGGACUCUAUCAGCCAUCUCAGCCAAUCCAGCUCUGUGAACGUUGCACUCUUCGCCCGUCACUGCGCCCCCCCCCCCCCCCCCCCCCCC